AGUAAGGGUAAAAUAGUAAAAUAAAACUUAAAAACACACAAAUCUUUUUCUUCCCCGAUUUCUUCGACUCCCGGUGGUCAUCGUCGCCGAGAAAGCAGCCAAUUUCGGAAAUCUAGAAAUCAAACUCUCGAGAGAAAUGGCUGCGGCAACGACGACGACGAAGAGGAAGGCGGAGGAGCUGGUGGAGAAGGUGAUGAAGGGAAACGAUGCUUCUCAUGACGCCUCGCACGUGUGGAGGGUCCGAGACCUUGCUCUCUCCAUUGCUCGCGAGGAGGGUCUCUCUUCCAACUCUGACUCCAUGGAAAUUGUGGAGCUUGCAGCUCUUCUCCAUGACAUAGGUGAUUACAAGUACAUAAGAGACCCUUCGGAAGCGAAACUCGUUGAGAAUUUCCUAGAUGAGGAGGGUGUACAAGAGACCAAGAAGAUGAAGAUACUAAAGAUCAUCAAUGGAAUGGGUUUCAAAGACGAAUUAUCAGGGCUAGCACUCUGCGAAUCUCUUCCAGAGUUUGGGGUAGUUCAAGAUGCUGAUCGCCUUGAUGCAAUUGGCGCCAUUGGGAUUGCUCGUUGCUUUACAUUUGGUGGAAGCAGGAACAGAGUGCUUCAUGAUCCUGAGGUCAAGCCCCGGACAGAGUUAACCAAAGAGCAGUACAUGAAGAGAGAGGAGCAAACGACUAUUAAUCACUUUCAUGAGAAACUCCUCAAGCUGAAGCAUCUGAUGAAAACCGAUGCGGGUAAAAGGAGGGCAGAGAAAAGACACAAGUUCAUGGAAGAGUUUCUUAAUGAGUUCUAUGAGGAAUGGGAUGGGAGAGCUUGAAUGAGUAAGAAAAUGUGUUUUAACCGGUUACUUAGUCUUACCCGGACCUAAAUGAGUACGCUGUACCAGACCAAACCGACUAGUAUGUGGUUUAUAUUCAAAACAGAUUGAAAAUUCUAUACCGUCCUCGUGGUCAAUUUUUAUAUAUAAAAAUUGCUUUUAGCUAUUUAAUUUUGCUAAUAAUUGCGUUUUUCGUUUGACAAUGCUAAAUUGCUAAUGAUAACGCCAGUCUUUAUUUUUUCUCAUUUUUCCUG